GAAAAAAUGAAUCUUGUGUGAAUAUAAAUAGAGAACACAAGAAAAGGGCACAAGGAACGAGUGACUUCCCUACUCAUUGCUAACAAACAUGGCGGCAGCAGAAAACACAGUUGAGGCCACAGAUUUUCCCGUUAAGAGGCAAAGAGAAGAUGAACAACUCAACAAUGGUGUCACUGUUUCUGAAAUUGUUCCACAAGAACCUCAACCUAAUGGUUUAUCAACUGUUAUUCCUGGCUGGUUCUCUGAAAUUAGCCCAAUGUGGCCUGGGGAGGCUCACUCCUUGAAGGUGGAAAAGAUUUUAUUUCAAGGAAAGUCUGAUUAUCAGGACGUUAUGGUCUUCCAGUCAGCAACAUAUGGCAAGGUUCUUGUUUUGGAUGGUGUCAUUCAGCUCACAGAAAGGGAUGAGUGUGCCUACCAAGAGAUGAUCACUCAUCUUCCUCUUUGCUCUAUCCCUAACCCUAAAAAGGUUUUGGUUAUUGGUGGAGGAGAUGGUGGAGUCUUGCGGGAAGUUUCACGCCAUUCUUCAGUAGAAAAGAUAGACAUUUGUGAAAUCGACAAGAUGGUUGUUGAUGUCUCCAAACAAUUUUUCCCUGAUAUAGCAGUCGGUUUUGAGGACCCUCGUGUGACACUUAAUAUCGGUGAUGGAGUUGCAUUUUUGAAGGCAGCUCCAGAAGGAACUUAUGAUGCAGUUAUUGUGGAUUCGUCUGAUCCUAUUGGUCCUGCUCAAGAGCUUUUUGAAAAGCCUUUUUUUGAGUCGGUUGCAAAGGCUCUUCGUCCAGGAGGAGUUGUGUGUACUCAAGCAGAAAGUAUAUGGCUUCACAUGCACAUCAUUGAGGACAUAGUGGCGAAUUGUCGCCAGGUAUUCAAAGGUUCUGUCGACUAUGCUUGGACCACAGUUCCUACAUACCCAAGUGGGAUGAUUGGCUUUAUGCUUUGCUCAACUGAGGGACCUUCCGUCGAUUUCAAGCAUCCAGUGAAUCCUAUUGAUGAGAAUGAUAGCCAGCAGGCAGGAAGACCAUUGAAAUUUUACAACUCUGAGAUUCAUUCAGCAGCUUUCUGUUUGCCAUCUUUUGCUAAGAGGGCGAUUGCUUCUAAAGCAAACUGAGAACAUUUUCAUGGGAUUGAAAGGGCACUUCACUUUUAGAUGUUGGUAUUCAUCCUUUUAUCGAUCAAUCCAUCUCCGCCAAUGAACCGUGGAAUAAAUUAGCGCUUCAAGUUGACAUUGAAGUUAACUUUUAUUUCAUGUAAAAUGAGUUGUAGUUGAUGGAUUCAUUUCUUAGGAACUUGCCUCAAACAUUAUUGACAAUAUGGAACUUUUUUGUUGAAUGCACAUGCUUGGUUUUUACCUAUUUCAAAUUAAAAUUCCAAUUCUUU